AUGGCUUCUACAGGGAGCCAGCCUGAUAUAGACAAUAUUUUUGGAUUCUUCAGUGAUGGAGGGCCCCCCACCAAAAAACCCAGACAGCUGCUCCCAAGUUUAAUGUCCAAGAAACCCCAGGAACUUGUGCUUGUGAUUGGAAUAGGCGUCAGUGCUGCAGUUGCACCUCAAGUUCCAGCUCUGAAAUCAUGGAAGGGAUGAAUUUAGACCCUGCUAGAUGCUACCAUUGAUUUUGAUCUCCUUGAAGAUGAAGAGAGUGAAAAGUUUCAGAAGUGUCUCCAUGAAGACAAGAACCUCAUCCAUAUUGCCCAUGAUCUCACCCAGAAACUGUCUCCUCGUACCAGCCAUGUCCAUUCUACAUUUUUCAAGGACUGUUUAUAUAAAGUAUCUGAUGACUUGGAGUCAAAGAUGGAAGAUUCAGGAAAACAAUUGCUUCAGUCAGUCCUCCACCUGAUGGAGAAUGGAGACUUGGUAUUAACCACAAACUUUGAUAAUCUCCUAGAACUAUAUGCUGCAGACCAAGGAAAAGAACUUAAGUCCCUUGACCUUACUGAUGAGAAAAAUAUAAAGAAUAAAAAAAUAGAUAGGAGAAAAGGUUUUGACAUCACAUCAUCCAUCACAAGCAGCCAGCUAACAUCUACAUCCUUGCACACAGCUGCCACUGAUGACUUGUGUGCUGAUGACAGGAAGCUGAGAAGGAUCACCAACAUAUUGGAUUGCAGAGUCAGGAUAUCCCAAGAUCAUGACAGGCUAGAAUAUUGGACCAAAUCAGUUACCAAUGGAGUGGAACAAGGUUGUGUGCUUGCUCACAUGCCUUUUAGCAUGAUGUUUUUAGCCAUGUUAUCAAAUGCUUUCGAUGAGGAUGAAUACAGCAUCAAGAUCAGCUACCUCCCUGAUGGUAAAUUCUUCAACUUGAAAAGGCUACAAGAGUUUUCUGCCUUCUAUUCUAUAGCCCAUCACAGUCCUAAUUCCUACGAAGGAAAUUGCAGAGGGAACAGCACAAGAGGAUGUGUUGUGGGGGUGGAAAGAGGAGAGAAGAAAGGAGCAACACCUAAGAAACUCUCGGUAACUGAUAAGAAAAGAGGAGAAAACACUGAAAGAGGAGAGAAUGGUCACAGAAAGUGA